CCCGGGCGGAGGCCGCGGGUUAGUACUGCUCGGGCUUCCAACGCAGUGUACUUCUUUUGGCAGUUGUCUCAGUGCAUUCUUCCCGGGACCAGUCCACAGUUUUGUUUGUGAGUGAGAUGGAGGCUGAUCUGUCUGGCUUUAACAUCGAUGAACCCCGUUGGGACCAAUGCACUUUCCUGGGACGGGUGAAACACUUCUUCAAUAUCACAGACCCACGCACUGUCCUGGUACCAGAGCGGGAGUUGGACUGGGCCAAGGUGAUGGUGGAGAAGAGCAGAAUGGGGGUCGUGCCCCCAGGCACUCAAGUGGAGCAGCUGCUGUACGCCAAGAAGCUGUACGACUCAGCCUUCCACCCUGACACCGGGGAGAAGAUGAACGUCAUUGGCCGGAUGUCCUUCCAGGUCCCCGGAGGCAUGAUUAUCACGGGCUUCAUGCUUCAGUUCUACAGGACGAUGCCGGCGGUGAUCUUCUGGCAGUGGGUGAACCAGUCCUUCAAUGCCUUAGUCAACUACACCAACAGGAAUGCAGCUUCCCCCACGUCCCUCAGGCAGAUGGCCCUUUCCUACAUCACAGCCACAACCACUGCGGUGGCCACUGCUGUGGGCAUGAACAUGUUGACCAAGAGAGCUCCACCCCUGGUGGGCCGCUGGGUGCCCUUUGCCGCUGUGGCUGCUGCUAACUGUGUCAACAUCCCAAUGAUGCGACAGCAGGAACUCAUCCAGGGGAUCUGCGUGAAGGACAGGAAUCACAAUGAGAUCGGUCAUUCCCGGAGAGCUGCGGCCAUAGGCAUCACCCAAGUGGUUGUUUCUCGGAUCACCAUGGCAGCCCCUGGCAUGAUCUUGCUGCCGGUCGUCAUGGAAAGGCUGGAAAAGCUGCAUUUCAUGAAGAAAGUCAAGGUCCUGCACGCCCCGUUGCAAGUUUUGCUGUGUGGCUGCUUCCUCAUCUUCAUGGUGCCAGUGGCUUGUGGGCUCUUCCCACAGAAAUGUGUCUUCUGCAGACAUCUCCUGUGUUGCAAGCACUGUGGCUUACAGUCCUACAGAGAAGAUGGAAACUUAGCACCAGGGAGAAUGAAGUCAGGCCUGAGUAGAAUGAAUUGUCAGUUUCUUAUCUGGAACCAGAACUCCAAGACACCAUCAAGGCCAAGUAUGGAGAACUUGUGCCCUACGUCUACUUCAAUAAGGGCCUCUAAAUGCCCCAUCCCAGCAAGGAUCAGUCUGUACUGAUAUUCACCAGUCCUUCCUUAGCUGCCUUGUACACCUGUGCCCUCAUUGCUCUGCCAACAAGGCCUAAAGGUCAGGGUGGAUUUGGGGGUGGGGUGGGGAGCCUCCUGUUUUCAUCCAGGCACCUGGGUUAUUGGACUCCAGGGGAUAAAAGUGAACAAGGGGAGCAAAGACCAAGUCUUCUCUCUGCUACCUCCUACCCCCCAACUACCAUCCUCUGAAGACCAGGAGCUGAGAUUCCCUGAGGGAGAAGUUGCUGGAACCUGGGGGAGAUACUCAAGCAAACCAUUUGGAAAAAUUUGGGGGGUGGGGAGAAACCAUUAGGAAACCUUUGGGAUUCUAGUUCCAGCCAGGACUGGGGAAGAGCCCCUGGGACAAAGGGAAGCUCCCACCCCUGUUUCUUCUUCCCUUCCUCCUCAUCUUGUCUCACGCUAUGGAAACUUUUGCCCCUGCAGUUCUAGCCAACCGAGAAAGGGGGAGGGAAGAAGUCUGUUGUCACCUUGGGGCUCUUCUUCAUUCUUCCCCAUUCUCCUCCCCAGUGCCCUCUUGUCAGAAAGUGUCUUUGGGAAUGCUGCUAAACUUGGGUUGACCAAGCACCCAGGAGUUCUUAGUGCUAAAAAAAAAGGCCACUGCACGAGGCAACAAAGUGACACUGAUUUUGUUCUCCUGUGCUAAAAUCAUGUCUGGUUUUACAUCUGUUUAAAAGAUAAAUCCUAACUGUGUGUAAAAACUAUGUAUGUAGGUAUUAAUAACACAUUUUAAUGGGUAUAUUUCCCCAGCUGCCUCCCUUCCUCAGCCCAUUGGGUUAAACACCAAAGACUGGUGUGUACUGAAAUAGGAAAGGGGCGUUUUAUCUGGAUACCUCUGAAAACUAAUCAGCCAGGACCAAAGAGCCUUAAAGGACACACAGCAAAGUGUAGCCACUUGCCCUUCCCAUCUGGGCUGCUCUAGGUGAUUUUUCAGGCUCGGGUGUGGUGGUCAUGGGAGACCACUGUGGCUUACCUGGGAUCAAUGUCUGUAUUGAGUUCUGUCUGGUAGAAUUUAUGACUAUUCAAAUGAUAUCACUGUGAAUCAAAUAAAUUUCUUGAAAGAGCACA